CUGAUACAUGCAAGAAAAUCUCCUCUAAGCUCUAAGAAUAUCUUAAGCAUGGCAAUGGCAAUGGAGGGAAGUUACAAAUGGAAAUCAGUUUACUUUGUGGCGGCUAUAAUUGGCAUGGUGGUGGUGGGAAUGAGCAGCAAGGCGGAUGGCGCAAUAUCAUGCUCAACGGUGGUGUCUGAUUUAAUUCCUUGUCUUUCCUACGUUUCAGGAAGCUCCGCCAAGCCCACGAAGGGAUGCUGUAAUGGCAUUAAAACUCUCAACACCGCCGCCAAAACUACAGACGACAGGCAAGCCGUGUGCAACUGCAUAAAGUCGGUGGCGUCUUCCUACAGCAGUUACUUUGAUAAGGCCAGCAAGUUGCCCGGUCUCUGUGGAGUUAAUCUCGGCUUUGCCUUGACACCCUCGCUUGAUUGCAGCACGGUCCAUUGAGAUCUGCUCAUGGGUGGGCUGCCAGCUUUGUAUUGUAGUAAAGUUUAGUAUCUAUAGUUGUAGGAGACCUCAAUAAGCAUUGGGGAUACUAUGAAAUGUGAAUAUAGCGCUUCAUCGGCGAUGGGUAAUAAAGAAUACCAUUGCUUAGUCUUCUGCUUAUGCGCAUAUAGCUUUUGUAUAAACGGUGUGGGCUCCUUCCAAUUAUCUAUUGCAAGAAUCUACACCUUAAGUUA